UUCCCUCCGCGCGGUUGCGUAUAAAAUAUUGAGAGAAGCGUUCAUGGCAAGAAAUCCCCCUUCAUUUUCCUUUGAUUUUCUUUUUUCUCUUCCCUGUUAAGAUACACUCAUUAUAUAUCUAUAUAUAUGUAUAGAGAGAGACGAAGAUUAACUACUCGCGUUGUUAAAACUGCAAUUUGACUUUGUUUUCUGUUGUCCCCUGAUCUCAAGUUUUUCUGCGCAACUGUUCAUUCCCUCGAACUCUCUCACAGAUCCUUCCCUUGGCAAAGCUGUAAACCGCAUUUCUGGAACUCUCGCAUCUUUUGAUCUUCUGAAUUUUACUUCCUGCGAUUGAUUGAUUUCUUAUUCGAGUUCAAUUUUUGAAUUCAUCAAAAGCAAGUUUCUUCGAGUCCCUGAAUUCUAUCUUUGCUCGACAAACAGAAUUUUUCGACUGGUGUUGAUAAAUAGGGAUUGAAGAUGUUGGGAGAUUUUAUCACCAGAACUCUCAUAUUGCUUCUUGGAUAUGGAUAUCCGGCAUUUGAGUGCUUCAAGGCGAUGGAGGUCAACAGGGUACAGAUUGAAGAGCUCAGGUUCUGGUGUCAAUACUGGACCAUUGUAGCAGUUCUUACAAUUUGCGAGAGGAUAGGGGAUACAUUUAUCUCAUGGAUGCCCAUGUAUGGGGAGAUAAAACUGGCAUUCUUCAUAUACUUAUGGUAUCCACAAUUCAAGGGGACUGGCUAUGUCUACGAUAAGUUGUUGCGGCCUUACAUAACAAAUAAUGAAUCAGACCUGGAAAGGAAGUUGCAGAACUUGAGGGCAAGAGCAUGGGACUUUGCUAUCUAUUACUGGAAUAACUGCACGGAUUUGGGUCAGACGAAAUUCUUCGAAAUGCUUCAGUUUCUGGCAAAUCAAUCAGGGAAUUCCAGCAUUACUGGCAUUGAGAAUGCUGACCAGUACUUUCCAAGUGCGCCGCCACUGCCUCCAGACGCAUCAAGCAAGCAAUCAAGCAAGAAGAAGAAGUCUUCAGGUAGCACUAACUACCGUGCCAUAUCAGAAUCACCAAAAUCCAAUCUUGUGCAAGUUAAGCUUCACAACCAAACAGAGUAUCUACAAGAAGUGAAUCCAUCCAUCCCGGAAUCGCCUACCGGACUCAAUUCAAGCGGGAGCGAAACCUAUGCCAAUGACAAUCUCAAGCACCGGCUAUGGCGCUUCAGACCAUUUCAGUGGAAUUAACAAAUUGUACAAAAACCACCAGACCAACCCAACAAAGGGAAACAAAAAUUACGUUCAUUUAAUUGCUUAAUUCUCCUUGUAAUGUAAUGAAUCUAUGUUCAUCCCUUAUUGGUGUGUAUAGAAACCAAGGAAGAAAAGAAAAGAAAAGAAACCAAAUUGAAACAUGAUUAGAUCACUAUAAACUGUUAUCUGUUGAUUAGCCGGAAGAUGCAAUCGAAAGCGCGGGCGAUGCCCGGAAUGACUUGGCAAUUGAUGAAAUUGAAGAAGUCGGAGACGAGGUUCCGAGGCGAGGAGAACCGGAGCCAGAGGCGGCGGAGGAAAUGAGGGGCAGAGGCAUCCGGGGAAGAGGACAUGGGCUGGAGAUAUGCCCAGGCUGCAUGCUUGACGAGGCGGUUGCGGAUGGAGAUCUCGUAGAGGGAGGAGGCCGCGGCGGUGGCGUUGGGGGAGUUGAUUGCGGCGGAGUUGGAGGGAAGGAGGUCCUUAAGGGAGGUGUAGGAGGAGGAGGAGUUGAGAGAGACGAGCUCGUAGUCGAGGGGUGCAGCUGUGCUUGUGCCGUUGGGGAGACUGGUGGUGUGGAGGGUGAGCGUGUUUGGGAUCACCCCGGAAGUCACGCUUAAGCUCCGGCGGCGGAGAUUUGACGGCGUUGGCGGCUCUAGUUCGUCCAUAGUGACUUGCGUGUUUUCUGUGAUUUGUCUGUGAAUGAAUGUAAUUAUUGGCGUGUAUAUUGUCCGUA